AUGUAUGUAGCGAGCUCAGCAUGUCAUAUUAAAGGUGAUAUCGUGAUUGACCUCAGCAUUGGUUCCAUGGUUCAUCAUUUGUAUUCAGCCUGUGAGUUUUUCAAAUACAUCAUAGUGCUAAAGAACAGAGACAGAUGCAUCAUGGAGCUGAAAAGAUGGGUGGACUCACGUACAGGAGCAUUUGAUUGGGGCCAUGCAGCAAAACGCCAUGUGGACAUAGAAGAAAAAAGUGACCAGUUACAAGACAAAGAAGAAAAAGUGAGAUCAGCACUGCAACAUGUUGUGAAAUGUAACCUUGAGAAAGAAAAUAUAACAGAUCCAAUAGUGUUACCACUAGCAGAUUGUAUCAUCAGUGCUUGGCUUCUAGAUGUUAUCAGCAGAGACCAGGAUGAUUACAUAAGAUAUCUCAGGAAGUUCUCAGGGAUGCUGAAACUAGGAGGACACCUUAUAUUAAUUGGAGAUUUAGACUUGACUUAUUUUACAGUGGGGGGAGAGAAGUUGCAUGGUUUCAGAUAUGAUGAGGAGUUUGCCAGGAAAGCUCUAGAGGGAGAAGGCUUUGUUAUUGAUUCCUGUGAGGUUAAGAAGAGGACAUCUGUGAGUGACCUUCUUGAUUAUACGGCUAUCAUAUUCAUUGUAGCUCACAAACAGAAGUUGGUCUGA